AUGGUCAUUAACGUAUACGCCCCGCAUAGUGGCAGAAUCGUCAACGCUCCUGAAGAAAUCGAUGAAUUCUAUGAGGUACUGACCCGGACAUACCUAUCCUUACAAUCGUCCACCUUCCUGCUCGUCGUCGGCGACUGGAACGCCAAGGCUGGCAUCCGUCGAGGCACUGAAACUUUUAUUGGACGGCACGGAAGAGGAUAUAGAAACCUCCCAGGAGCCCUAUUGGCUAAUUUCUGUAAAACACUCGGGUUAUUCCUAUGCAACACGGCCUUUGAUCACCCUGCUCGGCACAAGUCUACCUGGACUGGCAGGAGACGUGGUGAAGACAGGAACUAUGUGCCGGUCUACAACCAAAUUGACUACAUUGUGUGUCGCCAAAAAGACACAUGGCUUCUACAAGACUCUCGUUCUUAUGGGGGCUCGGUCGUUGACAGUGACCACAAGAUAGUCAUCGGCAGAUUCAAUCUGAAGAAAUUAUAUGUGCUGGACAAAACAAAUCGUCAAUUCCCUCAUAAAUCGGACAGAUACCUGACAGAAAAACUGGCUUCCUCACUAUCGACUCGAAACCUCUAUAAAUCAUCCAUCGAUGAAUCCCUUAAAAACAUGGAAUCUGGACUUAUGCCUUCAGCCGCUUGGAAGGUAAUGUCAGCCAACAUUCACUCGGCGGCAAAUAAAUAUGUUGGAAAGCAGCCAAAAAAUACGCACUCUAUCGGGCUGUGUCACCCGGAUGCUCUUGCCUUGUCAGUUGUGCAAAAGGAGCUUAAGCUGAGGACUGAGAACACCAAAGAUAUGGAUACCAAACUCGCACUGAAAGGCCGGCGUGCUGCCAUCCAAAAACAAAUAAAGACCCUAAACCUCCAAUAUGGCCGGGAUAUCCUGGCUUCCCGUCUUGGAGAACUGGAAACCCUAAAAGAUAAUGCACGCACGUUUAUGGCUUUACGGUUGCUUAAGAGGAAGAAAAACCGCCCCAAACUUCGACUCCAAACCAGUAAUGGGGUUCAAAUAUCUGACCCGGGAGAACAGGUGGGAGUCAUUGCGGACUAUUUUGAACAACGAUUUAACGCUAACACCGAACAAAUCUCGCCUUUCUCUGGCCCAGCACGACGACUGAAGAAUACAAUCUCCCUUUUCAGAUCUAUUAUGUCUAUUUGA